UAGAAUGCCUGAUUAUCGCUCAUUCAGUUGGAGUGGAAAGUCUUUUUGCUGACUGCAUGAAGUGGAUUGUAAAGCAUUUUGCAAGGUUUUGGUCUGAGAGAAGCUUUGCAAAUAUACCUCCUGAGAUUCAGAAAAGUUGUCUUAAUAUGUUGAUUCAGUCCUUAAAUGAUAAGAAUGCUGCUUUUCUUCUGAUGGAAAGUGACAGGCUAAUCAUCAGUUUACCCAGAGUGAAGUGGACGGAAGCAGCACUGACCAUGGCGUCUCACCUUCAAGAAAAAUGUAUUGCAUUUAUUGUAGACAACUUCUCCAAGAUUAUUCAGAGUGAAAAUUUUGCUCUUCUUUUGCAGUCACAAGCAAUGAGUAGCACAGCCGAUCUGUUGGACACAAUUUUAAAAGCAAUUGAAGAAAAUGUCACCACUGAAAAUAGCUGCUCUCUUCUUAUGGCUCUGGACACAUUGCUGAACUCUGACAGUACAAAGGAAAUGGGUUUUACGUGCAAGAUCCAGGCUCUGCGUGAUAAGCUGUGGAUCUUCCUGGUUCAGUCUUUCUAUGCUGUUCGUCACACAGAAAGCUGGAAGCUGAUGAGCACAGAUGAUCAACAGAAAAUCCAGGCAGCUGCAUUUGACAAAGGUGAUGAUCGAAGACUUGGCAAAAAGCCAAUAUUCAGUAGCUCGCAGCAAAGGAAACAAGUUUCUGACUCUGGUGAUAUAAAAAUCAAAUCUUGGAGGGGAAAUAACAAGAAAGAGUGUUGGAGUUAUCUCUCUACUAAUAAAAAGAUGAAAUCUGAUGGAUUAGGAGCAUCUGGACAUUCAUCAAGUACCAAUAGAAACAGUAUAAAUAAAACUCUGAAGCAAGAUGAUGUAAAGGAAAAAGAUGGUACAAAAAUAGCAUCUAAGAUUACAAAAGAACUAAAAACUGGGGGAAAAAAUGUUUCUGGAAAGCCCAAAACUAUAACAAAAUCCAAAACAGAAAAUGGUGAUAAUGCACGGUUGGAAAACAUGUCAUCUAGACAAGUUGUAGAAAGAUCAGCAACAGCAGCAGCAGCAGCAACUGGACAGAAGAAUUUACUAAAUGGAAAAGGAGUGAGAAAUCAGGAAGGGCAAAUUACAGGUGCCAGACCCAAGGUACUCACAGGAAACUUAAAUGUGCAAGCCAAAGCAAAGCCUUUGAAGAAAGCUACAGGGAAGGAUUCUCCAUGCCUCAGCAUCGCAGGACCCUCCAGCAGAUCCACAGAUUCAAGUAUGGAAUUCUCAGUUUCCACUGAAUGUCUGGAUGAACCAAAAGAAAAUGGAUCAAUAGGAGAAGAAAAGCCUUCUGGACAUAAACUAUCCUUUUGUGAUUCUCCAGGACAGAUGGUGAAAAACAGUGUAGAUAGUGUCAAAAAUUCCACUGUAGCCAUAAAAUCUCGACCUGUUUCAAGAGUUACCAAUGGAACUUCCAAUAAAAAAAGUAUUCAUGAACAAGACACUAAUAUAAAUAACAGUGUACUAAAGAAGGUCAGUGGCAAAGGAUGUAGUGAGCCAGUACCACAGGCAAUUUUGAAGAAAAGAGGAACUAGCAAUGGAUGUACUUCAGCUCAGCAGAGGACAAAGAGUACCCCAUCUAAUCUUACUAAAACUCAAGGAUCCCAAGGAGAGUCACCAAACUCAGUAAAAUCUUCAGUCUCUUCAAGGCAGUCUGAUGAAAAUGUGGUAAAGUUGGACCACAGUACAACUACAGAGAAACAAGCACCUAAGAGAAAAAUGGUCAAGCAAGUACACACAGCUUUGCCUAAGGUUAAUGCAAAAAUAGUGGCCAUACCUAAAAAUCUAAAUCAGUCAAAGAAAGGUGAAACGUUGAAUAAUAAAGAUUCAAAACAGAAAAUGCUUCCUGGACAGGUUAUAUCAAAAACUCAGCCUUCCUCCCAAAGACCUUUAAAACAUGAAACAUCUACUGUCCAAAAAAGUAUGUUUCAUGAUGUGCGUGAUAAUAACAACAAGGACAGUGUUUCUGAACAGAAGCCUCACAAACCUCUCAUUAAUCUUGCAUCUGAAAUCAGUGAUGCAGAAGCACUCCAGUCAUCCUGCAGGCCUGACCCACAAAAGCCAUUAAACGAUCAAGAAAAAGAGAAGUUGGCGUUAGAAUGCCAAAAUAUUUCAAAGCUGGAUAAAUCAUUAAAACACGAACUGGAAUCAAAACAGAUUUGUUUAGAUAAAAGUGAAACAAAAUUUCCUAAUCACAAAGAAACAGAUCAUUGCGAUGCAACUAAUGUAUGUUGUCAUUCUGAUGGGAGUGAGAAUGUAAAUUCAAAAUUUUAUAGCACCACAGCCCUAAAAUACAUGGUUUCAAAUCCAAAUGAAAACUCCUUGAACUCUAAUCCAGCGUGUAGUUUAGACUCAACAAGUGCAGGGCAAAUCCAUUUGAUAUCAGAUAGGGAGAACCAAGUAGGGAGAAAAGAUACAAACAAACAAUCAAGUAUUAAAUGUGUGGAAGAUGUUUCACUGUGUAAUCCUCAAAGGACAAAUGGUACCUUAAAUUCUGCUCAAGAAGACAAAAAAUUGAAAGUUCCCGUGGAAGGACUGACAGUUCCUAGUAAGUUGUCUGAUGAAUCUGCUGUGGAUGAAGACAAACAUGCUACAGCAGACUCAGAUGUAUCUUCCAAGUGUUUUUCGGGACAGCUAUCAGAAAAAAAUUCUCCUAAAAAUAUGGAAACAUCAGAAUCUCCAGAGAGCCAUGAAACUCCAGAAACUCCAUUUGUGGGUCACUGGAAUUUGAGUACCGGUGUUCUGCAUCAGGGAGAGAGUCCUGAAUCUGACACUGGCAGUGCUACCACCUCCUCCGAUGACAUAAAGCCCAGAUCUGAAGACUAUGAUGCCGGAGGGUCUCAGGAUGAUGAUGGAUCAAAUGACAGAGGUAUCUCUAAAUGUGGCACUAUGCUGUGCCAUGAUUUUCUUGGAAGAAGUAGCAGUGAUACCAGUACUCCUGAGGAAUUAAAAAUUUAUGAUAGUAAUUUAAGAAUUGAAGUAAAAAUGAAAAAGCAAAGUAGUAAUGAUCUUUUCCAAGUUAAUUCAACAAGUGAUGAUGAAAUCCCUAGGAAAAGGCCAGAAAUUUGGUCUCGAUCUGCAAUAGUUCACUCUAGGGAAAGAGAAAAUAUUCCACGAGGCAGUGUCCAGUUUGCUCAGGAAAUAGAUCAGGUAUCUUCUUCAGCAGAUGAAACAGAAGAUGAAAGAUCUGAAGCUGAAAAUGUUGCAGACAAUUUCUCUAUAUCUAACCCAGCUCCUCAGCAGUUUCAGGGAAUAAUUAAUUUAGCUUUUGAAGAUGCAACUGAAAAUGAAUGUCGUGAAUUUUCUACAAAUAAAAAGUUUAAAAGGUCAGUUUUACUUUCAGUCGAUGAAUGUGAAGAGCUGGGAUCAGAUGAAGGAGAAGUCCAUACUCCCUUUCAGCCUUCUGUAGAUUCUUUUUCACCUUCUGAUGUUUUUGAUGGCAUUUCUCAUGAACAUCAUGGAAGGACCUGCUAUUCCAGAUUCUCACAAGAAAAUGAAGAUAAUAUUUUAGAAUGUAAACAAAGUAAAGCCAAUAGUGUAUGUAAAAAUGAAAGCACUCUCUUGGAUCUUAGUAGCAUUGACUCUUCAAGAAAAAAUAAACAGAGUGUUUCAGCCACAGAAAAAAAGAACACAAUAGACGUCCUAUCCAGUAGAGGCAGACAGCUUCUUCCAGAAGAUAAAAAAGUAAACAAUGGAAGCAAUGUGGAUAAUGACAUUCAGCAACGCAGCAAAUUCUUGGAUAGUGAUGUAAAAUCUCAAGAAAGACCAUGUCACUUGGAGCUUCAUCAAAGAGAACCCAAUUCUGACAUACCAAAGAACAGCUCUACAAAAUCUCUAGACUCCUUUCGGAGUCAAGUUCUGCCUCAGGAAGGUCCAGUGAAAGAGAGCCAUUCUACAACUACUGAAAAAGCUAAUAUUGCUUUAUCUGCAGGAGACAUAGAUGAUUGUGACACACUGGCACAAACCUGCAUGUAUGACCAUCGGCCUUCAAAAACCCUGUCUCCAAUAUAUGAGAUGGAUGUAAUAGAAGCAUUUGAGCAGAAAGUGGAAUCAGAAACACAUGUUACAGAUAUGGAUUUUGAAGAUGACCAACAUUUUGCAAAACAAGAUUGGACACUACUAAAGCAACUGCUCUCUGAACAGGAUUCAAACUUAGAUGUUACAAAUUCCGUUCCUGAAGACUUAAGUUUAGCACAAUAUCUAAUCAAUCAGACACUACUUUUCGCACGAGAUAGCUCAAAACCUCAGGGUAUAGCACAUAUUGACACUUUGAACAGAUGGAGUGAACUAACAUCUCCACUUGAUGAUUCCUCAGCGAGCAUCACCAUGGCUAGUUUUUCCUCUGCAGAUUGUUCGCCUCAAGGCGAGUGGACAAUUCUGGAACUGGAAACUCAGCAUUAAGUGUUAACAUUUUGGAAAAAUUUAUGCCACUCCUUUAUUUUUUGAUGCCUAUAUUAUAUCCAAAUGAUAAUUGCAUUAGCCGGAUAUAAACUUUCCUUAAUAUUGAGUCUUUCCGAUUUAAUGAGGUAAACAUAGUUUAUUUAUUAAUAUAUCACACACAUAGAAAAAUGUUUUUCUAAAGUUUUUGAGCAUGUUUUCUCUAAUUAUUAGAGAAAUUAGAAGACUUAUAAGGAAACCCUUGCUUCAGUUUUCCUUUCCUAGCUGAUGAUUUGUUCACUUGUUCAUUAUUCAAGAAUUUAAAAUGUGAAUGCACAAGUAGAUCAGUCCCUUUACUUUUUGCUCUGCAUAGGGUAACAUAGUAAUUUAACAAUAAAAAACUUAACUGUGCUUGUGUCCA